AUUUCCGGUUCGUGUCACUGUCGUCCCCGGCAGAUCAGCAGACUUCGGUUCAGCUCGGAGAAACAACACCGCUCUGUAUGGUGGAGAACCGUUUCAUAUUCUGACCGUUUUUCUUGGGACCGGCUGUAUGAUUAAGCUACAAUCUUCAAUGAGUAAGCAUAUCCCACAGUUCUGUGGUGUUCUGGGUCGCACAUUUAUGGAGUUUCUGAAGGGCAGUGGAGACUACUGCCAGGCUCAGCACGCUGCCUAUGCAGACGAGUGAACAGCCAAACUUGCCAUCCACAUAACAUACUUGAGCCACCGGAGGGACCCUGGAAACUUCACAGGACCGGGAGACCUCCCAGAACCAGCGAUAAUUCAGCCUGGAUGGGGUAACUCCACCUGCUGGACACUGCCCUCGUUGGCUUCCACCCGCCAGACUCAAGGUGGAACCAGCCUUUUUUAUUUUUUAACUUUCUUUUCUUUUGAUUUCAUCCCAAAAGAGAGGAUUUCAAGUUCCUUUUCUAGUUGCCUGCCAUAUUGUCAGCUGGCACCUUCUUAAACUUUCCCGCCAUUUCUGUUGUUUUGCCAACAUUAAGAAGACCGGGGGAUCUUUGUUUCCGAGCUUCCUGUAAGCUCUUUGGACCUUUUGGGUUUUACAUUCCCUCUUAACUGUUUACACUUGUCGAUUUUAUUUUUUGCUUUUUGGAAUACGUUCACAUUUUGUCGUCCAAACCAACGUUACAAUGGCUCGAAUGAACAGACCAGCCCCUGUUGAGAUCACCUACAAAAACAUGAGGUUCCUCAUCACCCACAACCCCACCAACGCCACCCUGAACAAGUUCAUUGAGGAGCUGAAGAAGUAUGGAGUCACCACUGUGGUGAGAGUUUGUGAGGCCACCUAUGACGCCACCCUUGUUGUAAAAGAGGGGAUCCAGGUUCUGGAUUGGCCGUUUGAUGAUGGCGCUCCUCCCUCCAACCAGAUUGUGGAUGAUUGGCUGAACCUGUUGAAGCUGAAGUUCAGAGAGGAGCCUGGCUGCUGCAUCGCUGUCCACUGUGUGGCAGGACUGGGAAGAGCUCCUGUUCUGGUGGCCCUUGCAUUGAUUGAAUGUGGGAUGAAAUACGAGGACGCUGUCCAGUUCAUUCGACAGAAGCGUCGAGGAGCAUUCAACAGCAAGCAGCUCUUCUACCUGGAGAAAUAUCGUCCAAAGAUGCGCCUGCGCCAUCGCAAUAACUGCUGCAUCCAGUAGAGCCAAACCUCCUGCCACGCCAGCCCAAUAUCCCCCUAUACCUGAUUAAAAAAAAUGAAUACAUUUCCUUCUUGCUAGCUUGCUACCGGCAGGUUAGAUUAUUUCCUGCUCUUUAUUUUAUAAUUUUUUUCCUUUGGGUCAUUGUGUUGAAAGUAUUUUAUGUUGAAAAACCUCCGUGCUGUAAUGAAUUGCCCUCUCAAGGCUUAAAUAAAUCAUGUGUCUGAGGGAUAACGAGUUGUGUGAACCACAUUGCCUGAGGAAAAAAAAGAAGAAACCACCACCAGGAAGGGCAGUGCUGAGUUGUAUCUUUGUGAAAUGUUGGAUCUCUAGUCGUCGCUGUUGUGUCCCAAAGAUUUUAAUUGGCCGCUACAUUUGCAUUGAUUGAAAAAAAAACGUGUUACAGAAAAGUCUAGACGAGUUAAUCCCCCCCGCCUCCUUAACUGUUUUUGAGUUCAAGAGUAGAAAGAGAUAUGCCUUCCUUCAGAUCACACGGAUCGUUCAUAAAUGCCUUACCAUUGAAGUGAAACCGAGGCAGUCAUACCAGGAGUCACCUCCCUCUGGCAUCUGGAAAAGGUCUUUCAUUUUUCUACUUGGAAUAAAAAAAAAAAACUAAAAAAAAACAACCUGUUGCCUUUGUCUUGUGCAGGAAGUAAAACUUAUUCCCUUUUAACUUAAGUUACCUUACUUUCAUAUUUAUCAGUUCAACGGUUUUAAGUUUUUUCUUUAAUUUAUCAGACCUUCUGUUUACUGUUUCACUGCCAUGUCCAAAUUUUUGACUUUUUCUUUUUCAUUUCAAGCGACUUUGGCUUCAAACUGGACUUCCAACAUCUGCGGUAAUGUCUAUGCCUUUUUAUUUGAUGUCCAUAACUUAAGACUUGCAUACUUGAUGAUUUUAUGUAUUUGAAAAUGUGUACUAUUAUUAGGUUGGCUAUUUAUACUAUCAAUGGAUGUUUGGUUUAGUACAGUGAGCGACGAAGUUGUACCUGUUCACCAACUUGUGAGAUUGCAUUAAAUGACACUGAAAAAACUAA